AUGGCGAAUCCACGGAAAUUUAGUGAGAAAAUUGCCCUCCAUCAUCAAAAACAGGCAGAGGAAACAGCUGCUUUUGAACAGAUUAUGCGCGAAGUUUCCGACGCAACCCAAAGGCCGGAGGAAUUACCGCUAUCAAACCAGUAUGCUAUGGCCGGUGGCCGCAGCGGCGGCACGUCGCCGUCGCGCUCGCCGGCGGGGCAGCGGGGCCGCGCCUCCUCCUCGGUGGGCCCGAUGCGUCGCCCAGCAGACAGAAAACACGAUACCAGCCCUUAUGGGAGCACUGUAUACUUGAGUCCUCCGCCGGACAGUAACUGGCGCCGCACGCACUCGGACUCCGCGCUGCACCAGUCGUGCGGCGAGCAGCAGGCGGCGGUGCAGCCGCUGUCCCCGCACCGGACCAUGCACUCACAUGCACACCCACAUCUACACCCGCACCAGAACCAUCGGAGAGGUGACAUACAUUUAGAUGUUCUAUCGGCAAUGAAUCCCGCAAACCGGCCGAGAUCGUCAUGUGAAAUCCCCAGAAUACCUAACAAUAACAACACGUAUGACUGUUUCGACAGCGUGUACGCGGGCGGGGAGGGCGGCGGCGGGCUGGGCGGCGCGCUGGGCUGCGAGCUGGCGGUGCCGGGCGGCUCGCUGCCGGACCUGACGUCGGUGCACUUCCCGCCGCCGCACUACGCCGCGCCGCCGCAGCACGCGCCGCACACGCCGCGCGCCGACGACUACCAGCCGCGCUAUUCGCCGACGUCGCCGGGCGCGGUGUCGCCGGGCGGCGGCAGCGUGUCGCCGGCGACGGGCGGGCUGUCCCCCGCGUCGGGGUCGCCGGUGGGCGCCACGGUGCCGCUGGCGCAGCAGCACGCGCUGGACCACGUGGCGCCGCUCUACGACGCGCAGAAUCACUUAUCUGUACCAAACACAAAUAAUUAUCUUCAUCAUAAUAAGAACAUGUCGCCUCUGGACCACGGCUGGAUACCGUCCGGAUACCAGACGCACUGUAGUCCGCCCUCACAAUAUUCCUCCACGUCGAACAUAAACAUACCUUCACCAACGAUGGUGCACAGUCCAGGUAGUCCUGUGGAAUCCCCACAAACAGAUUACAACAACCUACAUCAAGCGUUGUUACAACCUUUCGAGCAAAUCACAAUGCUGGACAACCCUGUAUCGAGUUACAAUACGACGUAUCUCAACCACGGGUCACCACACUCACCACAGACGACGAAUUCGUCAUUAUCAUAUCCCCAGUCGACGGCGACGAGUUGCGGCAGCGGUAGCGGCGUGGGCAUGGGGUGCGGGCGACGGAACGCGCGCGACCCGGUGGCGGGCGGCCUGCAACCGCUCGCCUCGCCCUCCGCGCCGCCCACGCCCGCCACGCCCGCCAGCAUACCCGACAUCGUGCUCACUGACUACUCGGGCGAGCUGGACGCGGGCAUGUUCGGUGGCGAGGAGGCGCAGCUGCGCGCGGGGCUAGACCUGGACGACCUCAGUCUGCUGGAGGACCCCACGGCGCUGGUGCCGGACUCGGACGUGGAGCACGGGUUCCGCCUGGACCGCUUGUAG